UUUUUUCUAAACUGAGCCACUUAGCCCUCUUAUUCUGUCCUGAGUAAGAAAGCAGCUGCCGAGCAUCAACGGAGUCCCGAUGAGCCAGCGCCGCGGAGCCACUUAGUCUCCCGGGACCCAGCGUCUGAGGAGCCGCAAGCAUGCACCCUGGGUUGUGGCUGCUUCUGGUUUCCUUUUGCCUGGUAGAAGAACUGGCAGAAGCGGGAGAGAAGAACUCCUAUGGAAAGCCAUGCGGGGGCCAAGACUGCAGUGGGACCUGUAAAUGUUCUCCUGAGAAGGGAGCGAGAGGGGGACCUGGACCAAUUGGAUUUCAAGGUCCCACAGGUCCUGAAGGCUUUGCUGGCCCUACUGGUUUAUCAGGAUUGAAAGGGGAAAAGGGCUCCCCAGGCCCUCUGGGACCAUAUGGACCAAAAGGAGAUAAGGGUCCCAUGGGAGUUCCUGGCUUUCUUGGCAUCAAUGGAAUUCCGGGCCACCCUGGACAGCCAGGCCCCAGAGGUCCACCUGGCCUAGAUGGCUGUAAUGGAACUAGAGGAGCUGUUGGAUUUCCAGGCCCUGAUGGCUAUCCUGGGAUUCUUGGACCACCUGGGCUCCCUGGUCAGAAAGGCUCAAAAGGGGAACCUAUUCCUUCUCCAGGAAGUUUCGCAGGAAUGAAGGGGGAUCCUGGACUACCUGGACUGGAUGGAAUCCCUGGCCCACGUGGACCACGUGGAUCUCCUGGAGAUUCAGGAUCCAUAGGACCACCAGGAUUACAAGGUCCUCCAGGCCCCCCUGGUUUCCCUGGUCUUGAUGGAAAUAUGGGGUUAGGUUUCCAAGGAGAGAAAGGAGUCAAGGGGGAUGUUGGCCUCCCUGGCCCCGCAGGACCACCACCAUCUACUGGAGAACUAGAAUUCAUGGGAUUCCCCAAAGGGAAGAAAGGAUCCAAGGGUGAACCAGGGCCUCCAGGCUUCCCAGGCGUGAGUGGCCCUCCAGGGUUCCCGGAACUUGGAUCUAUUGGUGAAAAGGGAGAAAAGGGAAUCCCUGGUUUGCCAGGACCUAGGGGUCCUAUUGGUUUAGAAGGAGUCCCAGGUCCUCCAGGGACACAGGGCAUGAUGGGGCCUCCAGGUUUUCCUGGGCUGAAUGGAUUUCCAGGAAUUAAGGGUGAAAAGGGUGGCAUUGGCCUGCCAGGCCCAGACAUCGAUGAAGGUGGUGCUGUGAUCUCAGGUUAUCCUGGGGACCCUGGUAUACCAGGCCUCCCAGGCCUUAAAGGAGAUGAAGGCAUCCAGGGCCAGCGUGGCCCUUCUGGCCCCCCUGGUCUCCCAGCCUUAACAGGCAUACCAGGUGCCCUAGGACCUCAAGGAUUUCCAGGCCUGAAAGGAGACCAAGGAAACCCAGGCCCCACCACAGUUGGCCUUCCUGGAAGAAUUGGUUUCCCAGGCCUACCAGGCCCACCAGGCCCACCAGGCCCACCUGGUUCACCAUUUAAGACUGGAACCUUAUAUGGCCUAGAACCAGGGUUCCCUGGUCUCCGAGGAGAACGAGGUCCAAAAGGAAGCCCAGGUUUCAAAGGAGUAAAAGGGGACUCGGGAUUUUGUGCUUGUGAUGGUGGUGUCCCCAAUACUGGCCCACCCGGAGAACCAGGUCUGCCUGGGCCACAAGGUCUCAUGGGCCUUCCAGGCCUUAAAGGAACCAGAGGAGAUCCAGGCUCAGGGGGCACACAAGGCCCAGCAGGGGCUCCAGGAUUAUUUGGGCCUCCAGGUCUUGUAGGCCCCAAAGGAAAGAAGGGUGAACCAACUCUCAGUACAGGAUCUGGCAUGCCAGGGGAGAAAGGUGAUCCUGGCCCCCAAGGGUUCCCUGGUCUAACAGGAGCCCCAGGCAAGGAUGGAGUACCAGGUUUACCAGGUCUGCCAGGCCUUCGGGGUGAUGGUGGACAGGGCUUCCCAGGUGAAAAGGGGUUCCCAGGACUUCCUGGUGAAAAAGGCCAUCAUGGUCCAAUUGGCCCUCCAGGACUUGGGCUACCAGGACUUCCUGGACCCCGUGGGCUUCCUGGAGAUAAAGGAAUAGAUGGAUUGCCAGGGCAAAAAGGCCUCCGAGGACCUCCAGGUGAUUGCUGCUGCAGGGAAAAGGUUGGUAAAGGAGACUUAGACACAGAGGGAGGAAUUACCUUGCCUUGUAUUAUUCCUGGAUCAUACGGUCCAUCAGGAUUCCCAGGAGCUCCCGGAUUCCCAGGCCCUAAAGGGGCCCGUGGCCUCCCUGGGACUGCAGGUCAGCCUGGAUCUCGUGGAAAAAAAGGAGAGCCUGGAAAUCCAGGAUUAGUUCACCUCCCUGAAUUGCCAGGAUUUCCUGGAUCUCGUGGAGAGAAGGGCUUGCCUGGAUUUCCUGGGAUUCCUGGAAAAGAUGGCUUGCCUGGGAAGGCUGGAAGUCCAGGUUUACCAGGUUCCAAGGGAGCCCCUGGUGACAUCUUUGGUGCUGAAAACGGUGUUCCAGGGGAGCAAGGCCUACAAGGAUUGCCAGGGGACAGAGGAUUUCUUGGAGACUCUGGCCUUCCAGGACCCAAGGGUUUGCAUGGAAAGUCUGGCCUGCUAGGCCCCAAAGGUGAGCGGGGCAGCCCUGGAACACCAGGACAAGUGGGAAAGCCAGGCCCCCCAGGGUCUGUUGGUUCAUAUGGCAUCAAGGGCGAAUCUGGAGUCCCAGGAGCACCAGGUCUUCCAGGAACUUCAGGACAUCCUGGAAAGAAAGGUCAAAAAGGCGAGAAAGGUUACUCUGGAUCAACUAGAAAAAGAGGUUUACCUGGGAUAAAAGGCCUUCCUGGAUCUCCGGGGCUAACUGGCUUCUUAGGGAGCCCAGGUUUGCCAGGAGUCACUGGAUUGCCAGGCCUCCCAGGCCCAAAGGGUGAGAAGGGGUCCACUGGACUGGUAGGUUUUCCGGGCAUUCCGGGUCUCCCUGGUAUUCCUGGUGCAAGUGGAUUAAAGGGGAUUCCUGGGUCAGCCGGAAAAGUGGGAACAUCUGGACAGGCUGGGAUUCCUGGUGAAAAAGGAGACAGAGGCGAUCCGGGUCCAGUUGGAGUACCCAGUCCAAGACCUCCAAUGCUGAACCUAUGGUUCAAAGGAGACAAAGGCUCUCAGGGCUCAGCUGGAUCAAAUGGAUUUCCUGGGCCCAGAGGUGACAAAGGUGAGGCUGGCCGUCCAGGGUCACCAGGCCUGCCUGGAGCUCCUGGUUUCCCCAGCACUAUCAAAGGACUUACUGGGAUGCCAGGCCCACCUGGAUCCAUGGGCCUACGGGGCUUACCUGGCCUGAAAGGGUCCCCAGGGAUCACAGGUUUCCCAGGAAUGCCAGGAGAAAGUGGUUCACAAGGUCUCAUUGGGGCUCCUGGACUCCCAGGAGCAUUUGGUCUCCCAGGCUCAAAAGGAGAUCAGGGCCAGACAUUUGAAAUUUCUGGUAUCCCAGGACCCAAGGGCCAGCCUGGUGAAUCAGGUUUUAAAGGUGUGAAAGGAAAAGGUGGACUGGUUGGUGAUAUAGGUUUUCCUGGAAACAAGGGUGAUCAUGGAAAAGUUGGUAUUCCUGGAGAUGUUGGUCUUCCUGGCUCCCCAGGACUUCCAGGGAUUGCAGGUAUGAGAGGAGACCCAGGACUUCCAGGUUCCUCUGGUCAUCCAGGGACAACUGGGCUUCCAGGACCCUCUGGCUUAAUAGGACCUAAAGGAUUGCCUGGACCUCUUGGUUUACAUGGCCUAAAUGGGCUUCCAGGCACCAAGGGGACCCAUGGAACUCCAGGAGCCAGUAUUACUGGUGUGCCUGGGCCUGCUGGCCUUCCUGGUCCCAAAGGGGAAAAAGGAACACCAGGAAUUGUCAUUGGAGCUCCAGGGAAACCAGGCCCAAGAGGACAAAAAGGUGGCAGAGGUUUCCCAGGUCUCCAAGGCCCUGCUGGUUUCCCUGGUGCCCCAGGCAUCUCCUUGCCCUCAGUCAUGACAGGACAGCCUGGUGACCCUGGACCACCAGGCCUAGAUGGAGAACGAGGUCGCCCAGGCCCUCAUGGGCCCCCAGGCCCCUCUGGGCCAUCGUCGGAUCAAGGUGACCCUGGAGACCCUGGCUUCCCUGGAAUUUCUGGCCUUCUUGGGCCCAAGGGACACCAAGGAAUUUCAGGUUUCCCUGGGCUCCCUGGAGAACUAGGACUGAAAGGCAUGAGAGGUGAGCCUGGCUUCAUGGGGACUCCAGGCAAGAUUGGGCCACCUGGAGAUCCAGGAUUCCCUGGGAUAAAGGGGAAGGCAGGGCCAAGAGGCUUCUCCGGUCCCCAAGGUGCUCCUGGACAAACACCCAUUGCAGAAGCUGUCCAAGUUCCGCCUGGACCCUUGGGUCUUCCAGGCAUUGAUGGCAUCCCUGGUCUCCCAGGGGACCCUGGCAUUCAAGGCCCUGUUGGUCUUCAAGGCUUCAAAGGUUUACCUGGCAUUCCUGGCAAAGAUGGGCCCAGCGGGCUUCCAGGCCCACCGGGGGCCCUUGGUGAUCCUGGUCUCCCUGGACUGCAAGGCCCUCCAGGAUUUGAAGGAGCUCCAGGGAAGCAAGGCACCUUUGGGAGGCCUGGAAUACCCGGGCACAGCGUGAGAGUGGGCUACACAUUGGUGAAGCACAGCCAGUCGGAACAGGUUCCCCUGUGCCCCACUGGGAUGAGCCAACUGUGGGUGGGUUACAGCUUGCUGUUCGUGGAGGGGCAGGAGAAAGCCCACAAUCAGGACCUUGGUUUUGCUGGCUCCUGCCUGCCUCGCUUCAGCACCAUGCCCUUCAUCUACUGCAACAUCAAUGAAGUGUGUCACUAUGCUAGGCGCAAUGAUAAAUCCUACUGGCUCUCUACCACUGCCCCCAUUCCCAUGAUGCCUGUUGGCCAGACCCAGAUUCCCCAGUACAUCAGCCGCUGCUCUGUGUGUGAGGCUCCUUCUCAAGCCAUUGCCGUGCACAGCCAGGACAUCACCAUCCCACAGUGUCCCCUGGGCUGGCGCAGCCUCUGGAUUGGGUACUCAUUCCUCAUGCACACUGCUGCUGGGGCGGAGGGUGGAGGCCAGUCCCUGGUCUCCCCUGGCUCCUGCCUCGAGGAUUUUCGGGCCACUCCCUUCAUCGAGUGCAGUGGUGCCCGAGGCACCUGCCACUACUUUGCCAACAAGUACAGUUUCUGGUUGACGACAGUGGAAGAAAGGCAGCAGUUUAAGGAGGAGCCAGUGUCUGAAACACUGAAAGCUGGCCAGCUCCAUACCCGGGUCAGCCGCUGCCAGGUGUGUAUGAAAAGACUGUAGGGUGGCAUCUGCCAUUCUGCCCCUUGCCCUCUCUACCCCUUCACAAUGGCCACCUCACAAACCUGAACAGUCUGAA